CAUGGUCUCCAUAUUUGUCCAGAAAGAGAGAACAAAACAUGAUUGUCACUCUUAUAUUAGUCUAAUGUGCUAUGUACUAUGGGAUUAUCGUCACUUCUUCGGACGGCUGAGUAUUCAGCAACCAGAAGAAAGGUGAGCUCAGCUUCAUAUUUCAUUACCUCUUUUCUCUCGAUGCUAAUAGUUUAACCUUGUAAGCUAACUAGCAUUUGUGAAAACUGCUCGAACCCAUUGCAGGUUAAGCUGCAAAAAUCUAAAAGAUGUCUUCUUCAGCACGGCGCCGCGAGACAAUUGCAGAAUGUCUCUCCGAUCUUCAAUCAGACUCCGUUGACUCCCAGCUGAAAGCCCUCCAAACCUUAGCUUCAAUCACCAAGGUUAGUCCCAAUAACAGAAACUUAAUCGCACAAACAGACGGUGCCAUUUCCACCCUUCUCACCCUCUCGAAAUCCCCAGCUCCCAUGAUCCAACCUCUCUCAUUAUCCAUCCUCUUCAACCUCUCCCUGAAUCCCGAUCUAAAGCCGCUUAUGACAGAGAUGGAAACGAUUCACCACCUCAACUCCUUAAUCCUCCACACAACCACCUCUCCCGAAUCCACCAGGCUAGCUUGCUCCCUCAUCUGCAGCUUGGCGAUCCUGGACAAGAACAAAGCCAAGUUCGGAGUAGCAGGCACAAUCCAGGUACUGGUCAAGUCCAUUUCAGGCCCUCGAACCCCAACAACCCACCAUCUCCUCAGUUGCUUGGCCGAGCUCGUCCAGUUUCAUGGCAACUGCACGUUGGCCGUACGCUCUGGUGCUGUGAAUCUCCUGGUGGAAAUCGUCGAGAGCAGUGCUGACUACGGUGAAGAUCUUGCAGGGAUGUCGCUGGGCAUCCUCAGCCUGCUUGCUAGGUUCGAAGAAGGGCUGAAUGCGUUGAUUGGGAGUGAUGAAGUGGUGAGAUUUCUCGUGGAUGUGUUGCAAGGAAGGUGCAUGUUGAGCAAGGAAGGUGCGGUGGAGAUUCUCGUGCGGGUUUUCGACGAAGAUGAGGAGCAUCUUAGGGAUGCUUCUGAGCUGCCGGAGAUGGUGAGCCUGCUGGCUGAUUUGUCGGUGAGGGGAUCGUCCAAGGCCAGGGAGAAAGCUGGUCUGUUGAUGAAGAAGAUGAUGGAGGCUAACUUUGCCCCCCUCUUGUGAUGAAUUCUGUUACUACGCAGAGCCAUGGGAGGCUGGCUGACAGCGUUGGAUUGCCCUGCGCGUGCUAUGUGGAUCGUUGGAUGUGUGAUCCGACGUUGUUAGCUAGUGCAGAGGCUUCCCUGUUUUGCCACGAUUUGAUCAUAAGGUUCGAUUUUUCUUCUGCCCUUUCUAAUGUCGUGUGUUAUUUCUGGGAAUAUGGCGCUUGCCGAAGUGUAAGAAAUGAGGACUAAUGAGUUUCUAUUUCAUUGGGGGAUGAUGGCAUCGAUCUGUUGACUAACGUGUAUGUUUGGUGAAUAAAUGUUUUGUUGUCCUCUAAGACAAUACAUAAUCAAAUAGCGAAAUUACAAUAAACGUAACCAAGUACUUAAACAGAAACUCACAAACCUCGAAAAGUAUAAAUGCAAUGUCUUUCUUUUCAUACGAUGAGCAACAUUCGUUCUCACAAAAACUCACCUUGUACCCCUUCCCCGAUGUCAUCUUCGGUAGUGUUUUUAUCUUAAUAAGUAAAACUCCUCCAUUCACUUCCCAAACUUUGCCCGCAUAGACUUUAUCAGUAAAAACUGAACGUCCUCGAAAUAGGACUUCUGAUAAGCUCAUAUUUUAAUUUGACACGAUGAGAUUACAUCACGAAAAAUCACAAGUUCAAUUUUAAAGGCAUAUAUCCAUACCAAGAAAACAACGGACACCAGCUGCCACAACCGCACUCAAAGCAUCGUACAUCACUGCUCCCAUAGCCCCAUGCGAUACCUGAGCUGUGGCUGGAUCAAAAUAAGCCAUCAGGCAAAUUCAGAGGAUGAACAACAAUUGAAAUACAUGUCAGGCUCUAUUGGGCAUAAAAUUGAAGUUUUCUUUUAUGAGCAAGUACUCUUGCACAACACAAGAACAAAUCACAUGCCUAUAUUGUUGUGUUCUGUGUGAUUUAUUCUUCUGUCUUAUCAAUUUGUUUAGUGGAUGAGUACAAACUCAGACAGAGUGAUACAUGGUACCGCAUUUCAGUAAUAAUCUGAUGGACCGAUUCAAUUUCUCCAGUCACAACUAACAAUCAUAUAUGUCUGCACUUCAAGUUUCAAUCAUGUUUUGUGUUUCUGAGUUUUGACAAACUCAAGAAAGAAUCCUUUGGGACAAAGCAUUGGGCAGUGCUAUACCACCUUUGGACGUUUACUAUAGACAGCUAUAGCCUUGUUCGAAAAUGAUUACUACUAUGUAGUCCAAGGAAAAUGCUUUUGCUCUUCACAAAAUAUGUGUGCCGGAGAACCAAAACUUUUUGUCUUUGCUAUUUUUGUUUAUGUGUGGAUUGUUGAAGGUAGAAUAAAUAAGAUGUAUUGUGUUUUUAUUUAUGUGGAUUGUAGAAGCAAUAACAAUUAUUAUGUGUUUGCUGUUUUUAUUUGUGUGGAUUGUUGAAGCUAGAACAAUUACAAGUAUUGAGAAUUUUUAAUGGACAAUAGUAUGUAUGUGCAUAUAUGUGUAUAAGUUCAUAUUUUAGGAUUCGUACCCAUGGUUACCCGAAUAUCUGUGGUUACCUGGCGGGUAGUGUAUGGUUAUAUCAUUUUCAUACACGGUGGUUAUUUGGUCAGGUAUUUUAGGAGGCUUACCCGACGGGUUAGGAGUUGGUAUAGGGUAAACCCGCACCCGGCCCUACCCAUUGCCAUCCCUACAUAGAGUAAAACUAGAAAAUAGAC